AUGCAUGAGCUGCCGGAGUAUUCCUCUGAGUUGGGACCGCCUAUCACCAAGGUGUCGCUCAUGGCGUGCGGCAGGUAUUGCUUUGUGCAGUUUCAAAAUGCAGAGCUUGCCACCCGCGCAAUCACUAUUUUUGAUGACACAGAACUCUUUGGCCGCCGUAUUCGUGUCAGCCGACCCAGAACCUUGGCACGAAUUUUGCCUGGGGUCCUGGGGGCUUGGUCCAUGAAACCGUCCACAACGCCGUUCAACGCCUUCCGCAAAUCUCACAAGAGUAAUCGCCGCGGCGCAGGAGCUUCAAGCCUUCGGGGCAAGAGGUUGUGGGAACUGCCACGCCACAUCAAGGCGCGUUUCUUGGAUCUUUUGGUAAGCGCGGAGUUGGAAGACCAAGCUAGGCUUAGCGACCCUGAGCCCAACUCGCAAUCCCGGCAUCUCCAAGCUCGGCUGAACUUGGCUGUUGGCUGGAAGGUGUCCAAUACAUGGGCGGCUGUUGAGAAAGAUGGUAGAGCCACCUUUGUGCCUCCAGUGGAUAUCACCCGCAGGGAAGUCGCAGUGAAUGAAUUUGGUUCCUUAACGAAGGCAUCAGCAGCCGAUGCCAUGCUGGGGGUCUUGGCGCUCCUCCUUUGCUCCAGUGCAGCUGAAGGAAGUCAUAGUUGUGCCGUGGAUUUGGACACAGAGCCCGUCCAAUUGAAUCUGCUGCAGGCAGCUGCCGUGAAAGGACCCCACAUUCGACACCAGGUUGAGAUGCCGAUUUCACUGGUGCAGAGAUCAGCAGCGAAUGUGGGCUUGGUGGCGAUCAUGGAAAAAGCGAGCGCCGGAGAGUGGAGUUUCUACAAGGAGGUGGUGCGCGACAACGUAGGUGGCGGCACCUGGCAGGCUUUGAUCUUUGCUGGGAUUUUCUUGGCAUCUGUAUUCGGCCUUUACUGGAUGGCCUAUGGAUUUGGUGAUGAAAAGCAAGAUGGUCGCCGAGAUCCGCGUAUUCUGGAAAGCAAACAAGCGCCAGCUGGCCAUUUGCUCUCCAACCGACAGAUGUAUCCUGCGAUGAGCCAAAGGCCAACUUUGGAGCACAACUCAAUGCGCUCCUUAGUGGGCAGCGUGGGACCAGGUAUGGCACCGGGUAUUGCGCUAUCACGGAAGUCCACAGGUGACAAUUGGUAUCCAGAAUUGCCGACGAUUUAUCCGCCACUGGUGAUCCCCGCAGCGCAUACGCGUUUGGCUGUACCUGUGGGGCCUUUGACGGGCCACGAGCAGUUCGAAGUUGAUGUCUUGGGGCUGUCAGGUGUUCCACUGCUCACCGCAUCAUUGGUUCAGGAGAAUGGUCUGAGCAAAGUGCAGAUUACCUUGCACAGUGCAGGCACGUUACUUGCCAUUGUCACUGACGCCAAAGAAGUCUAUGGCAGCGAUGGAACUCACUUUGGCACUCUUGUCAAGGAUGAUCCGAACAGUUUGCAGCAAACCCUGCGGGACCGGGCUGGAAGGCCGUUACUGGCAGUCAGCACUCGUCAGGAUCGCAGGGACUACAAGAUGACGUCCAUUUCAGGAGGUCGUGUGAUUGAGAGGGCCACAGCGGUGUGGCGCCCCAAGGGCAAGUUGCUAGCAGACCACUACGAGGUAGUUGCCAACCCCAAUGUUGACGCAGUCUUGGUGCUGGCGUGCUUCCUCGCUGUAGUUGUUUUUAGGACUGUAGUGGGCUGUGCCUGCAUUACCUACAUAGGCAAAAUUUGA